CGUAACUGGAUCGGUAACGGAACUGCCCCAUUGUUCUCGGUAAAUUCCUUUCCCCCGCGCUCUAACGCGCGCCCGUCUCCAGUUCUCGAGGACAGCGAGGCUCACGCGCCCGUCCUGCUGCUCUAUUCGCAUUGGCUGAACUGAGACCUCUGGUGUUUUUUUAGUUUAUAUAUUUAGCAGCGGAGGUCGGACUCAUAUUGCAUCGCGCGUGGAAAGCGCUGUUCAUCUGCAGUGCUGCUGAGCGCUGGAUAACUGCAGUGUGUUGUGCAGCGUGCGUAUUCAGUGAACGCUCGAGCUCAACACAUUAAACUUGCCAUCUUUCUUCAUUAACGAGCUGGCUGGAAGACGGCUGAAGUAAACACAGGUCGAUUCCUUUUUCUGGACCUGGAUAUUUGAUCUAGCCUCGUCUUGUGGCCUUGCUGAGAAGCUUCUCUGGAAAUGGCCAGUCCUGGAGACGAUUCGGCUUCGAAUGCCCAUUCGGAUCAAGCCGAAUCUGUGGAAAAUACCCCAGAAAAAGCGUUUCAAGAAGCCCAGAAUUGGAUCGAGGCGGUAACAGGAAGAGGAUUUGGUGAAAAGGAUUUCAGAAGUGGAUUGGAAAAUGGCAUUCUGCUCUGCGAGUUGCUAAGUUCAGUCAAACCAGGCCUUGUGAAAAAGAUUAACAGACUUCCAACACCCAUUGCAGGACUAGAUAAUCUGACCAUGUUUCUGAGAGGAUGUGAAGAGUUGGGACUGAAGGGAUCACAGCUGUUUGAUCCUGGAGACCUUCAAGAUACGUCGAUAAGAGCAAACCUAACGGGCUCUGACUGCAGUAGGAAACUGAAGAAUGUGCUCAUAACUAUAUAUUGGCUCGGUAAAGCUGCUAACAGCUGUGCUACGUAUAACGGCCCCACACUUAACUUGAAAGAGUUUGAGGGACUCCUUUCCAUGAUGCGAAAGGAGUGUGUAAGUGAAGAGUUGGACUCCCCUAAGCGCAGCAUAAGGGACAGCGGUUACAUCGACAGCUGGGAAUCGGAACGCUCGGAUUCGCUGUCUCCUCCGAGGCACGGCCGUGAUGAUUCGUUUGACAGUCUCGACUCAUUUGGCUCACGAUCGCAGAACACACCGUCCCCAGACACUGUUAUUUGCUGCAAUAGUGACUCUGAAGGUGACGGCAGUCAAAGAAAGCUGCCGGACGUUCGCAAAGACGACAUGUCUGCCCGCCGCGUGUCUUACAAAGAGCCCCGCGCCGCUCUUCCCUUCAACCAGUACUUGCCGAACAAAAGCAACCAGACCAACUACCUUCCUGCCCCUCUGAGGAAGAGGAGGAGCGAGAGAGAGGAAGACAGAAGGAGUAUGUCAACAUCACCUGUAGGAGGCGAUAGACCUCUCAGAGAAGAGAGUGUAGACGUAUCAAAAGAGGGGGCUGUCGUGUCCCAAAGCCCUGCGUUCCAGAAAACUGUCACCUGGGCAGGUGAGAAAGGGGUGGAGCUUGAUGAGGCGGAGCUCAAGAAAAUGAGAAAGUUGGAGAAGGCGGGGAUUAAAGUAUUGCCCGCUUGUGCGCGAUACUGCAGUCCGAACGUGGUUGCUGUGGAGGCCAAUAAAGCUAAAUCACCUUCUCCUGACAUCAUUCUUCGACGUGACAAUGACUUCCUGCGGACUGCCGUUCCACAUGAGUGGGACUCAAAUGAGGAAGAUGAUGGCGAAGAGGGAGACAGAAAAGUUCCAGAUGUCCAAAAGGACGACCUCGCUUCUCGCAGGGCGCGCAUGAAUCAGUUCAAACCCGGUGUGACGCAUUACUUCCUUCCGAGCUCUUGUAGCUUGAAGGACAGAGAGAAAUGGGAGGGGAUCCGACUGGCGUCCCAGCACACGGUUUUGGAGAGGAUGGAGAAGAUGGAACAGGAAAAAAAGAGUCAGGCUGACUCCACCUCCCCUGAGGUGUCAAUCAUAACUCGUAAGGACAAUCCUUUUCUGAAUCCUGAACAAAAGAAAGCGAAAGAAAGAGAUGAGGAUGAUGAGAGAGAGGUAGAACAGAGGACAGUCAUCCCAAACCCUGAGAAAGAUGAUCUAGCAAAGAGGCGGUCUGGAGGAGGGCCACGCCCUCCCAUAGAUCCUCAUCAGUCAUUGGUCCGGUCUUCCAUCACUCAGUCAGACCUGAAGACAUGGCAGAGGCUCAAGAUAAAUACAGAGAACAGUGAAGCUGACUCCAACAACCCCUUCCUGACCCCUGAGAAAGCGAGUGAAUGUGAGGAGGAGAAUAAAGUGGGGGCAGACAGAGAGGCAGGGGGGAGGGUUGUGGUGCCCAAUGCAACAAAAGAUGACCUGGCCAGAAGGCGGAGCCAGAGUGGGCCCGCCCCACAGAGAGAUCCUCGCCAGUCAUUGGCUCAAACGACCAUCACUCAGUCAGACCUGGAGAAGUGGCAGAGACUCAAGAUGAAUACAGAGAGCAGCGACGAGCCCAUUGUCCCUCUAUGUCAGUCGUGUCUUGAGAAAGGCUGCCUCUCUAUCGCCUCCAAUGCGAAGGUUGCCAAGAACGACCUGGCCGGUUGCCGGGAACGUCCCUCCGGCGAACGGCGCCGUUUUGUGACAUUUGGGGGAGUGACAGAGAUGGAGAGUACCUCCUGGAUAGAUGAGGAUAAGGGAGGGGGAGAGGAAGAGAGAGGCGAGGCAGAGAAGCUUCGAUAUCUCCUUUCGAUGGCACCUGUGGCUGUGCCCACCAUAGGGCUGGGCUCCAUACUGACAAAGAGAGCAGUCCGCAGUGGAGACGCAAUCCCCGAGCCUCCCGUGGUCAUACCCCCCGAACCCCCCAGCCCUGUCACCUUUGACCUCGAACGACCCUCAAGCUCCGCCCAGCUCAGGGCGCUUGAGGAGCAGCUCGCUGUGAAAGCAAAAGAUGAGAGAGAUGAUGAUGAAGAGGAGGAAGAGGAGGACAGGCAACCGGAUAUAACAAACGAUGACAUGCUGGCUCGCAGGACAGGGGCAUUUCAGAAGACAUCCAAGGGAAUGUCGUAUAACAGAUUUCUCCCGCAGCCCGCCUCUAAGAGAGAAGUUACUGCAGUGGCUUUAUCCGCUCAGAAAGGAAGUACCCAGAUGAGUAUGAGUGGAGAGAGAGACCUACAGUAUCUGGAAGGAAACAUAAAGACGAAGAGAACCAGGAUUGGACAGAGGAAUGAACCAUCUGACCAAGAACCAAACACCCAAAAGAGCCCCGACAUUGUGCGUUCACCCGCAUCAAGGGUUGAUAACAAUGAAGAUGAUGAGUGUUGGGAUGAAGACCCCCUACCAAACGUUGAGAAGGAUGACAUGCUUGCACGAAGAACCGGAGCUUUCCAAAAAUCAAGAGGGGGGUUUUAUAAUGCAUUUCUUCCCACUUCUGGUGCAGUGAAACAGAAAACGUCUCCCAUCACUGGAAUGAAUCAGUCGUGCUUCAAGAAGACCGAUUCAUCUCUGGACAGCUUCGCCCUUAGCUCUGUGGCCCCGCCCCCAAGGGAUGCUGAGGACACACCUAGGAAGUGCCCUCAGAUGAUGGACAGGCAGGAGUCGGGCUCUGUGGGUUUGAUGGGACAGGAUAGUCUUAUUAAAGAUGAGACUAAUACCAAAAGCCCCUCCCCUAUGCCUGAACAAGCCUCACGUCGGCCCCUUUGGCUGGAAGAUGAUGAUCUCCCCCCAAUAUUCAGAGCCACUAGUGUUUCUAAUGAAUCCGAGAGUAUGAGUUUGAUUGACAUGCGCGAUGAAGAGGACGAGAUGGCGUACCUUCAGCCGCACAGCCAAUCACGACAUGAGUGCCUACACAACCAGUACAACAAACUCAGAGAGGAGGAGGACCAGUGGCAAGACGACUUGGCACGCUGGAAGAAUCGGAGACGAAGUGCCUCUCAGGAUCUGAUCAAAAAGGAGGAGGAGAGGAAGAUGAUGGAGAAGCUGAUGUCCACGGAUGGAGGAUCUGGCCAUCGCAGGAAGAGCAUCAAAACUUACAAAGAGAUUGUAGAGGAAAAAGAGCGUCGGGAACAGGAGCUACAUGAACAGUACUGUAAGGCCUCCACCCCAGAGGAGAAAGCAGCCAUACUUCAACGCUACGCUCUCCGCUUCACCAUCAGCGAUGCCAUACUAGAGAAACUUCAGCUCCCCAAACUGCCUUCCGCCACGACGCCGGUGCACUCCUCGCCUCUACAUGAGUCUGUGAAACAGUCCACGCAUUCAAUAGAAGCAGAGGUUGCAGAGCCUACACAAACUUCCCCUACACAGCACAGUUUACCUACAGGCCAGCAGACGGCACAGAAGCAGCUGCCGAGAAAGCCCAAAACACCUGAACAAUUACCUACCAAAACCAUCAAAACUCCGGAAGUCCCACCAGCGCCUGCACGUCCACUUCCUUCAUCCUCAAAGCCUGUGCCACUUAUCACCCCGAAACCCUACAGUCAGCCCAAACUCAACCAGGGGCCUCGCAAGCCACUGAAGAUCGAUGGCUUUAUGCGUUUGAAUGGCGAGAGCACACAGGACGACAACAGACAGAGUGGUGUUAAAAGCUCUCUGGUGCAUUCUGUCCCAUUCUCGUCCACACUUUCAAAGCCAGCCACUCAAAGUCAACCAAAUGAUGAGCUACAUGUGUUAGAAACUCCCCACCACCAGCAGAACUCGCCUGUGUCUGUUCCUGACCAGGAGAAAGAGACUGUAAAGGAAGAAAAAGAAUCUUCUCUUAGCAUUCAGGAAGAAAACAGCAAAGCAGACAUCUCAUCUACACAGUCCGAGUCAGAACCCGAAGGAAAGCAGACAAUUCCUGAACCGGCUGUGAAGCGUAACUGCAUUGUCACGACAACCAUUGUGACUGAACUUACUCAGACACACCCCCUCCAACCAAAUGACACGUCCAGCACAGAGCAGCUUACCUCACUUCAGAGUUCAAGUGGUGAUAACUCAACUACUGAGUCCAGCAAAGCUGACCAGACUUCAUACUCACAGUCAUUGACAGAGAUGAUUGAUUACUCCAGUGAAUGUAUCGAAACCCCAAUGUUGAACCUUACAAAAAGGGUUAACCACUGGACGUGGGAUCCUAAUGAAGAGCGCAAACGGCAGGAGAGAUGGCAACAAGAGCAGGAACGCCUGCUGCAGGAGAAAUAUCAGAGAGAGCAAGAGAAGCUGAAGGAAGAGUGGGAGAGAGCGCAGAGAGAAGUGGAGGAGGAGGAGAGGAGACAUCACGAGGAGGAGAGGCGGAUUCUGGAGGAAACCCUGACCCCUCGCGCCUCAGAUUUGUGCUCCAAAAGUGUGACGCAGGACCCCAGUCUCAGCCAACCCUCACAUGACACCAUUGUCCUCUCAUUGGCUGACUGGGAAAGGAAACAGGAAAUGAUGGAGAAACAGGCACAGAUGAACCAGAGUAAUGAACUGACAGACAGAACUGACCAAGUGAGCACACCAGUUCAGCAGAACGGACAGAAAACUGAACCACAGGAGAGCCAAACAGCUACACCACAACUGCAGUUCAUACAGGACAGCUCAUGGAGUUGUAAAUCUAAAAGCAGACAAGAGGAUUUGAAGAAAACUGCCUCACUGGACCGUAACCAGAGUCCACCCCAGAGUCAGAGCUCAGGGAUGAGGAGGACUGGGUCGUGCGAAAACGUUUUAGGAACACACCCAUCAAAAUCACCCUCACCAUCACAAGACACAUCGCCUCCAUCCCCCAGCAGGUCAAUAAGUGGAAAGAAGCUUUGCUCCAGUUGCACACAUCCUUUGGGAAAAGGAGCGGCGAUGAUCAUAGAAAGCUUGGGGCUGUACUUUCAUAUUCAGUGUUUUAAGUGCGGCAUAUGUAAAGGGUUGCUUGGAGACACAAGCGCCGGAACAGACGUCAGAAUUCGAAACGGCCUUCUUAAUUGUCAUGAAUGUUACAUCAAAUCACGGGAUGCUGGCCAGCCAACAACAUUGUGACGAACCCCUGAACUUCUUAUGCAGAAAUGGAAUGAAAAACAAGUUAAAUCGAGCCAGGAUCUCACCCAAAAAUGAACGUUAUAUUUCUACAAUGUUUCCAACAAUUUUCUUUAAAGCACAAUCAAGCAUAGACAUUUGUCAAAACUGGAAUCAUGGGUACAACUGGUUUUCCUCUGGACUGGAAAAAAUAUUACAGAUUACUGGAUUUACACUUGCUUGAUACUGGUUGCACUUUUUCUCACAGUGUCCGUGUUAGGUUUAGGUUAAUUUGAUAAUCAUUUUGGCAAACCGAUAUCUUAAGGUUUUAUAGACGUUCUUGUACUUGCAUAAAGAGCGUUUCAGCCCAAACAAUAACAACCUAAUUGAUGUUAUAAACCUUUUCUACAAAGAAAAUACAUAUUGACUACAUGUUGUUUAUGAUUAAAUACACAGUAACAUGGACACGUAAUGUAAAAUGUGACUAAACUGUCCGUUAUUAUUGUGAGGAGGUAGCACACAAAUCCAAUUUUCAAGAAAAAUAUCUGUUUAUUAUUUUAUUAACGAUACAUCUCCGUGUUUUCUAGUGGUCUUGCAGAUGUCUCACAUUACACAUUAAAUGUAUUUCUACAGGAGAAUAUGUAUUUCUAACAGAAGAAUCGAUACAUUUACAAUAGGGUUGCAUUUUUAACUUUAGUUAAUGCAGCAACUAAAAUAAAAUAAUAAUGAACAGCAGUUUUACAGCAUUUAUUGAUUUUACAUAUUCUAAUACAUUGUUUUACAUUUCAUACGGUAUAAAUAAACAUUAGUUAAUAUACACAAAUGAACAAUGAACAAUUUCAUAUUCAUCUUAUAAGAUCUAAUGCAUUAACUUAAGUUAAUGAUUUGAAACGUAUUGUAAAGCAUUAUUGACGGACGCAUUAUUGCGACAAUAAGGCCUAGUUCAUGUCCGGAUGCCUUAACUGACUAUGAUAUGAGUACACAUGAGAUUGGCCACCGCUUUUAUUUGUGGUUUCUAAAAAUGUGGAGUGGUUUUGUUUUAAAUGUUCCUUUCCCUAUUUUGCAUUGCCUAUUUUAUUGUUUGAUCAGUGAGGAGUUUGAUAAUUUAUUUGUGCAGUAUUGUUUAAGAGACCACGUAGAGAGCAUGUUGUGUCAUGGCACAUUUAGCUUGCAGGUAGAUCUUAACAUUUCCAUUCGAAUAUUUUUCUAACUUUCUGUUAAUCUUUUUUCUGUUUUGCUCGGCAUUUGAAUGUCAACAUUGCAUGAGCCCUGAAACUUUCAUUGGUGAUUCUUUAUAUUACAGUACCCAUGUUGAACAUUUCAAGCUAACGUAAUUGAGUUCUUGUGGAAGUAACGUUAAGAUAACUUCACAUAAGUACUUCUAACAUGAACACUUAUGUAAAGUGUGGCCAUGUCUUUAUAGAUUUUAAAAAUACUCCGAUAACAAGGUUUUAUGUGUUUUGUUGCCUUUGCUCUCUUAAAGGGAUAGUUCACCCAAAAAUGGAAAUUCUGUCAUUUACUCACCCUCAAGUUGUUCCAAACCUGUAUACAUUUCUUUGCUCUGUUGAACACAAAAGAAGAUAUUUUGAAUAAUGAACAGUUCUGGGUUACCAUUGACUUUCUUUUUUUCUUCUUCUACUAUGGUAGUCAAUAGUGCACCAGAAAAAAAAAAUGUAUACAGGUUUGGAACAACCUGAGGAUGAGUAAAUGACAGAAUUAUUAUUGUUGGGUGAACAGCCCCAUUGCAUUGUUGUGCCUUAGAAAUGCGCACCUAGAUAAGGUCUCGUGUUGUUCACUCCUGCAUCCAAAGCUUCAAUUUACCAAUAUGUAUUGGUGAAAGUAUUAUGCAUAUGCACUGAGCACUCUGCUUCCCUUUAUUCAGAAAUUCUUUGAGCAAACAAAAGAGAUUUAAUAGAAAGCCCAUCCUCUGUAUGUACUGUAUGCUGUUCGUGAGCAUUUAUAGAUGCUUUAAAUAAACUGGAAUCUCAUGCCACUUUGAUAUCAAAUACACGCAGAUUAAAUUCAGCACCAUCGACAUUAGCAAAUUCUUAUUGCUUUUCUAACAUCUCUAUUAGCUUUGUUAAUAUUUGAGAUUUGAAUCGUCAUUCAGAUGGGAGGAUUUUAAAAGUUGCCUGUAUAUCGUUUGUUCUAUUUGUGAUGUAAGAAUAUGAGCUGAAUCUAGAUCAGUAGUAAGGCAAUAAUUACUGGAAAGAGUAGCCAAGAGUGAGUGAGUGUGUGACAAAUAUCUUCAUAUUCCGUAUUUAUUAUACCCUUUGAAAAUGAGCGAUUUAAGAGAACCUACAAGAUGCUGAAAUGCAAUGGCUUUUAUAGCAGGUGUAUGUUUUUAAAUAAACUAUAAUAAACUAUUUUAAAUGCACUUGACUCAUGUUAUU